UGUCGGCUCUUUAAUAACACAAGAAACCACUACAACAUUUAGACUCAGAUAAAAACUAAAUGGUGUCCUGAUCACAAGGGGGACGUUAAAACUUCAUUUUCUAUUUUUUUUAUUUUACUGGCGAUAAAAUUUUUGAUCUCGACAAAUUGUCUAAUCAGACGAACCCACGCAGAACCUUAAUGAUAUAACAGCAGCUGUAAAUAAUUUUGACAAAAAAGAUGAAAUUAUUCAAGUCAUUAUAUAAAAAAGAAUUAAAGAAAAAUCAGGCGAGGCGACGUAGCGGCGCUCGCCGCAGGUGGAACCCGGGACCGGCUGCACCGCCGCGCUGCUCGGGAGGAUUGAAUUCUGCGAAGUGACGGGAAGCGCUGUCGGUCGUGAGUGAGGACCAGUCCAUCUUUGAGCCGUCCUACGGACACAUGAAGGGUGAGAUGACGUCACCUGGGGGAUUCACUCAGAGCUCCAAAGAGAGCCCGGAACCUGCAGAGCCGGAGUGGGGGGCCGCGGGGGGCGCGGGGGGCAGGAACCCUGUGAAGAGGGAGGGCGAGCAUGUGAAUGGCUCCAGCUGUGAGAGCAGGGAGUCCCCGGUGGACUGCAGUGUUUCUAAGAGAUCCCGGGAGGUGAGCAGCGGCGAGGGGGGCCAGAUGGCCUACCAGGCCUCGUACCCGGAGCCGCGAGCCAGCCCCCAGACAGCUGCACCCCCCAACAGCACCACAGACGAGAAGAGGGUCAUAGUACCUGCAGACCCGGAGGUGUGGACGCAGGACCACGUGCGGCAGUGGGUGGAGUGGGCCAUUAAGGAGUACGGGCUGCUGGAUGUGGACGUGUGCCUCUUCCAGGCAGUGGACGGCAAAGCGCUUUGCAAGAUGACCAAGGAGGACGUGAUGCGGCUCACCUCCGCCUACAACACCGAUGUCCUGCUCUCCCACCUCAACUACCUGCGGCAGAGCAGCCCAACCUUCUACCCCACGACCCCAACCAGUGCAGCGCAGCAGCCCCGCCUACAGGUCAAAGCAGAGAACAGCUUUGAUGACAUCAGCAGGAGGAGCAGCUGGUCAGCAACAGCUUUACCUGCUGUCCCCAAAGGGUCCCCUAUAGAGCACCAGCACAGCAGAACCACUGAGGCUCCACCGAGACAUGUGCCAGAUCCAUACCAGGCACUAGGACCCCUCAGCAGCCGAUUGGCUAAUCCAGACUCCCCUCCUCUCCUUACCAAGAGCCGAACAGCCAAUCAUAAUGCACACAAGCUGCCCGACUCCAGCCCGCAUAGGAUUGUGGGCUCUGGGCAGAUCCAGCUGUGGCAGUUCCUGCUGGAGCUGCUGUCAGACAGCAGCAACGCUGCCAUCAUCACCUGGGAGGGCACCAACGGCGAGUUCAAGAUGACGGACCCGGACGAGGUGGCCAAACGCUGGGGUGAGCGCAAGAGCAAGCCCAACAUGAACUACGACAAGCUGAGCCGCGCCCUGCGCUACUACUACGACAAGAACAUCAUGACCAAGGUGCACGGCAAGCGCUACGCCUACAAGUUCGACUUCCAGGGCAUCUCACAGGCACACCAGAGCCACGGCAGCGAGGCCGGCGUGCUCAAGUACCAGGGCGAGCUUCCCUAUGUGCAGCCCUACCACAGCCACCAGCCCAAACUCAACUUCAUGGGCACGCACGGCGCCCCCAUGCCCGUCUCCUCGGGGAACUUCUUUGGGUCUCCGUCCACAUACUGGAACUCUGCCAGCAGCACCAUGUACCCCAGCGGCACCAUGCCCCGCCCAGCAACACACUCGCACCUAAGCUCCUACUACUGAUGCCCCGCCCACACACCCGCAUCCAGUGACUGCACCUCUUCAGUAGCCGUGUGACGCAGGGCACCAAAGGAAGCCACAGUAUCGUUCCUGUCGGCCUCGCUGCGGUGAACAGCAUGCUGGGAACUCAAACCACUGCUCCAAAGUGCUGAUUCACCAACACUGCUGAGGGGCUCAGAGCCAGACAGCUGGGUGAUUCACAGCAGGUUCUUCCCCAUGAAAACACAGAAGCCUGCAAGGCAGUGUUUUGGACUGUAAAUACGUCUUCAGCAGCCUGCAUUAGAUGUGUGGUGAGAUAUGUUACAUAAGUUAUUCAGUUCUCUCUGGAUUCAGUUACAGACUGAAAAUAAUGACCAUAUAUUGUCUUAUCAAAUAAUCAAACCUUUCCACACCGCUAUGUCAAAGGUCGGUUUGUAGGGUUGACUGGCAGAUACGUACACACUUUGGGAAACACAGAAACACAUAGCGCAUAUUUUGCAUCUGAAAGUUGGUUUGUUUACCUGAAGAAACAAUGUUCUAAUAUAGUAUACACUGUACACAAUGAAGACUAAGACCUUCACAAGUCUGUAGCAGUUUUACACCCAAAAACAAAAAAGAAAAUCUGUAACAAAUGCCAUUUUCUGAUGAUUUCGAAAGAGCAUUUAAACAUUGAUGUUUUGCAGAGCUUUAGAGACGGGGAACCCAUUUUUAUGUAUAAAGGUUUGUUUUGUACAGAAAUCCAAGCUGUGUUUCCAUAUUCAUUCAUUUACUAUCUAUAAUGUAG